AUUGAUAUUACGUCAAAAAAGCCAGGAGAAAACAGAUGACAAAAUGAAAAGAACCAGUCGUCAAAAUUGACAAGAUUCCCGUGAAAACACACAACCGAUUAAAAAAUCAAAAUACAAAAUUUCGCAUGAUGGAAGACUUCUUUAAAAACAUUAAAGACAAUCCCGCAUACAAAACUGAUAUGCCGCCCCCAGGCACUGUACCUGAAGCAUCCUCAUCGCCUCUCAAAUUGCUUAUGGAAGAUAAUGUGAUUGUGAGUGACUUGGAAGAAAAGGUUAAAAUAGCAAAGCAGGAGAUGAGAGAAAACACAAAAGAUUUUGAUCCAAGGCGGCAUGAAAUACUUGAGACAUCUGAACUACUCCUGUAUCUGGAGUAAAGGAUGACAACAUUAUACUACGCAAUUUAGAAGAAGAUGUCAGAAGAACCAUAGCGAAGCUAGAAACCAAUGACAUAAUUGACAUUGAUGAAAUUAAUACAAAGUUAAAUGAAAUAUCCGAGCAAUCUGAGAAAACAAGGGAGGCUGAAAGAGCUAAGGAGGCAGCUGAAAGUAGGUCUAACACAGAAAUAUUAAUCGAUAAAGCCAUGGCAAGCUUCAGCGUACUUACAAAACCAAGUAGCUCCGACGACGAUUCUCAGAACGAUCCGUACAAAGAGUCUUACGAUAACGACAACGUGCUGGCAUUUCUCAAUUGACCAGAUUUUAUAGAUGAUACAGUAAUAUUUUGCCAAAUAAAGGCAAACAGGCUCUCUUCCUAAAUAAACAUUACGACAGAUUCCUAAAAGUUUAGUUUCAAUGUAUUGACUGUGAGUAAAUCAAAGUGUUUGUAUAAAUUUUAUCACCUUGUUAUGUUAGUGCUAGUUAAUUGUGGAUUGAGAAGAGCUGAUGGGUUUUUAACUCGAUAUUCGUAUUAUUAGUCGCUAUUAUAUCCCAAGGGCUCAUUAUAAAUUCCGUGUUUUAGUACUUUUUUACUUAGACGAUAUUUAAGAGUACCCGCUGAUGGAAUUAAUUGAAAUUCUAUAUUAGCUACAGCCGAGCGAUGAUUCCCAAGACUGAAAGUGGUUUAAGUACGGUUUAAUUUAUACCAGAUUUAUGCUCGAGUAAACUAGAAAUGGGUCCUCAAAACCGAUGUCUCCUCCACCUCCCCAAUUACUGGUUGAGGAGUAAUGUCCUUUCUACCAAAAUAUCCUGAAAUUUGAUGUAGAAUGUGAUGGGUACUUACACUGCCGUGAGGGCCCUCGCCGAGGAAGGUGACAGGUCGCAUGCGCC